AUGCUGUGUAAGAGGCUUAAGAGAGCUGUAUCAAUACUAGUAGCUGAGAACCAAGCAGCUUUUGUAGAAGGUAGAUCACUGAUUCAUAAUAUCCUUAUAUGCCAUGAUUUACUAAGACACUAUAAUAGGAAGACAACUCCUAGGUGCCUUAUGAAAAUUGAUUUGAGGAAGGCAUAUGAUAUGAUCAACUGGGAUUCCAUAGAGGAAGCUCUGAAAGGAUUUGGAUUUCCGGACUCAUUCACUAAACUGGCGAUGACUUGUGUGACCACAACAAAAUUCUCUAUAAGAAUUAAUGGUGAAUCCAUGGCUACUUUGAAGGCAGGAGGGGGCUUAGGCAAGGGGAUCCUAUCUCACCCCUACUAUUUGUUCUAG